AGCCGCCCGGCCAGCUGCACCCAAGGGUGCCGGGCAGGAUCUCCCUGGGAAGCUCAGUGCCUCGCCUGAGACCUUAACACCCCCCCAACUCUUCUCAAACCCCCUUCGCCAUGGGCAAUGCCAACUGUGUCCCCCAGGCUCCCGCCCGAUUCCGAGCCUCCUUCUCCCGGAAAUCCUCGCUGAAAGGAAAAAAAGAGGACAGCAUAAGGCGGCGAGGGGGACUGUUUGGAAGCGAGAGCAGCCAAGAUGGGGACACCAAGCCAACCGACAAGAUUCUUUAUUACAUCCCGGGGACGGACAUUCCGGGCCCAGAAAGUCACAAGGAAAAUGCAGACCAACCCUUAUUCAGUAUGUUCAAGAAGGGCCGGCGGAAAAUGCCGGUGAGGAACCUCGGGAAGAUUGUUCACUACGCCAAGGUCAAGUUUAAGUUCCAGCACUGCCCGGACAUCAAUGAUUGUUACCUGGAGCUGUUUCCCUCCUGCUUGUACUUCCAGGCUCAUGGCUCCAGCGGCUUCACCUACCAGGGGCUGCUGCCACUGACUGAGGUGAGCAUCUCUAGGCUAGACAUAGAAGGGGAACACGCCUUCCAGAUCACAGGACCCCUGCCAUCUCCUCUUCUGGUAUUCUGUCCCAGCGAGGCUGAGCUCCGACGCUGGCUUUAUCACCUGGAGAAGCAGAUGGACCUUGCAAGGGGACCCCAAUGCCCAUCUCUCCCAUUCCAGGGUCCUCUAGGGGAGAAUCAACUCUGCCCUCUCCCAUGGGCCCUCCAGCACUACCCAGUUCAUCACUGGGAAGGAACCAAUCGAGAGUCUCUGGGAGAUGUGGUCUGUGCCUCCCGGGUGAAAAUGCAGCAUCUUCCCUCCCAGGAGCAGCAUGACCGGAUUCUAGUUCUCUACCCAUCUACACUGGUCAUCCUGUCAGAGGAUUCUGAUGGACUGAACUUCAAGGGGGAGCUUCCACUCAACGCUGUCCAGCUCAACUUUGAGGAGAGUGAGAAGCAGAUCCGGUCCUUCCUGAUAGAAGGCCAUCUCAUCAAUACUAUCCGAGUGCUUUGUGCCAACUAUGAGGACUACCAGGACUGGCUGAUUUGUUUUCGGACUGUCUCCAUCACAAGAGGGGGCUCCUCUAACCGCUCAGGAUCUGAGAACUGCCAGAGAUCACGUCUACCCCUUCCCACACAGUUCUCCAUCAGCGGACGAGGAUCCCUUACAUCUGAUGGCCGGACCAACUCCUGGGCAUCCACAGGGCCCCCAGCCACUUCCUCCCACACCAGCGGCUCCCUCCCUGACCACCCCAUACUGCCCAACAGCUGUCCUGUGGUAGCUGACAGCAGCCCCCAGAGGGACCAAGGCCAGGCCACCCCCAGCAACUCCAGCCUGGGAAGGCGUCGUGCAGAGCUGAGACGCAGGGGCAGUGGCCGCUCAUCCAAGGGAAAAGGCACGGGCCAGCCAAAAGGAGAGGAACCAGCACCCAGGGCUCCCCUGCAUCUGGACCUGGGCCUCACCAAUCUAAACCGGAGGAGUCUAGAAGGCAGUGAGGAAGCAGCAGCUGAUACCCCAGAGAAACCCCAGUCCCCACUGUAUGCUGACCCCUACACCCCGACCUCCACCACCCACAACAAGAUCACAGAUGUCAGUGACCUAGAUGAGUUUCUGGCAGCAGCUAAGAGUUGUGCAGUCCAAGAGCCACUGAGCACCUUUCCCACCGUCCCCGUCUCCAUCCCCGUCCCUGGCCCAUCCCCCAGCUCACACCCCCUUCAGAAAAAGCCAGCCCAGCAGCACCGGGGGUCUCAGAGACAACGAGGCUCCUUCAAGUUGCGGGGUGCUGGUCCUCUAGAGCCUUCUCGACCCCGUCAGGUCCAGGUGUCCCCACCAAAGGAAGGUUCCCCUGAACCUCAGCUUCGACUCGCAGGUGGCAGCUCCCCUGGAGGGAAGGGUCACAAGCAGGGACGGUCCUCGGGGCUCCCCAGUGGCCAGAGAGACUUCAGCUACGAAAACAUCUGGGACAAGGCAGGACCGCCUCCCUCUUCUCGACACAUGUGGCAUCGCCCUCCUGCAUCAGAAGCUGCAGGGAGGUUGACUCAGUGGAUUUGA